AUGCGACGUGACGUGCAAGAAAUAGUGAAAAUGACACCGCAGGAGAAGCAAGUGAUGAUGUUCAGCGCUACUUUGCCGAAGGAUUUGCGAGUGGUGUGCAAGAAGUUCAUGCAAGAUGUAAGAUUUUCUGGUGCACAAGCAACAGCUCCUCUCACAUUUGUACUGGAACGCCAGCUGCUGAUGGCUGCUGCUGCUGCUGCUGCUAAACUGCUGCCGCUGCUGCUCACAAACGAUUUUUGA